GUACGUAGAGGACUGACAGGACGACACUGGGAAUUUUUGUCCUUUUAUCUGUCUUACCCACUGGUUUCUGGUUUGUGAUUGACAAUGGCUCAUCGCUUCGCCAACGAUCUCAUUUGUCCGGUGUGUUUUGAGAUUUUCAAAGAUCCUGUGUUGCUGUCGUGCAGCCACAGUUUCUGUAAAAAAUGUCUGGACAGUUGGUGGGCGGACAAAGUGGUUUGCACUUGUCCAGUGUGUAAUCAAAAUCCGAGUGGUGUUCCGGCAAGUAACUUGGUUUUGAAAAACCUCUGUGAAGCCUUGUCAGGAGAACUUUCUGUGAGUGAGGACACCUCUGCGGGAUCGGAGGCUCUCUGCAACCUGCACUCGGAGAAACUGAGGCUCUACUGUUUGGACCAUCAGCAACCGAUGUGUGUCGUCUGUCGUGAGUCCAGAGCACACUUCAACCACAGCUUCAAACCCAUCGAUGAAUGUGCGGAUGAUUACAGGGACAGUCUCAGGACGUCCUUGAAGCCCUUACAACAAAAUCUCAAUCUUCUGAGUGAGGCUGAAGUUAAAUGGAAUCUCACAGCCGAACACAUUAAAAUGCAGGGACAAAAUACAGAGGAGUCGAUUAAGGAAGAGUUUCAAAAGCUCCGGUGUUUUCUACAACAAGAAGAAGAAUCGAGAAUCGCCGCCGUGAGAGCUGAGGCGGAACAAAAGAGCAGCGCGAUGAAGAGGACUGUUGAGACUCUGAGCAGGGAGAUAAAACGUCUAAAAGACAUAGUCGAAGCCACAGAAGAGGAACUGAGAGCCACAGAUGUGGAAUUCCUCAACAAAUACCGGGCUGCAUCAGAAAGACUUAACAAACAACCUUUGCUGAAAUGUCCAAUGCUGACACCUGGUACGUUGAUCAAUAUGACAGAACACGUGGGCAACCUCACCGACAAGGUAUGGCAAAAGAUGAAGGACAUGGUCACUUAUAGUCCUGUGAUUCUAGACCCAAACACAACGGUACAAGUUGUUAGCAAGGAUCUGACAAGUUUAACAUACACUAAUAACAUUAGUCAUCUUCCAGAAAACCCAGAAAGGUUUAAAAAUUACAUCCUAUGUCUUGGAUCUGAAAGCUUUAACUCUGGGAUUCACUAUUGGGACGUUGAGGUUGGAAAUGAUAGAGGAUGGUCAGUUGGGUUGAUAAAAGAUUCUGUCGAUAGGAAGGCAGAGCGGCUAACUGGUUACUGGGAAUUAUGGUUGAAGGACGGUCUGUAUAGAGCAAGUUGUCCACCACAUAUAGAGGAACGUCUGACAUUGACGAGACCAAUUAGGAAGGUGAGAGUUCACCUGGACUGGGAGGGAGGAAAGCUGAAAUUCAUCAACCUGGACACAAACACAACCAUUUAUACCUUCGUACAAACAUUCACAGAGAAGCUGUAUCCUUUCUUUGACAACAGCUGUCAGACACCACUGAGGAUAUUACCGGCAAAAGUCAACAUGAAAUUGACUAUAUAGUCAUCUGACGGUUCUGACAUUUUAUGUCGUAGAGUUUUGAAACUGUUUCAAACAAAAUAAAAUCUUUUUUGAAAUAACUCAUAGUCACAUACAUUAGAUGAUAGUUGAAUGAAAUAUGGCAAAUGCAUUUGUACUGCAAUAUAAAAUAUAUAAUAUGUAUUAUAACUAGAGUAUUACAGUGGAACCUCGAG